AUGGACUACAAAUGUAUACUUCUUUGUUUAACGGCUGUCAUCAACACAUUUUUUUCACUAUCGGAUGCAUCACUUGCUGCUAUGUCCAUAGAUUUUGGUUCGCAAUGGAUCAAAAUGGCUUUGGUGAAACCAGGUGUGCCGAUGGAAAUGGUGUUGAAUGAAGAAGCACGUAGGAAAACACCAAACCUAAUCAUUAUUAAGGAUAACCAACGUCUGUUUGGUGACGCAGCACUGGCUUAUGGAGUUAAAUAUUCGAAAAAUUCUUUUACUCAUUUGGUAGAUCUUUUGGGUAAGAAAAUCGACAAUCCAAUUGUUUCACUUUAUAAAGAGCGGUUCCCGCAUCUAAAAUUCAUUCUGGAUGGUGCCAGAGACGCUGUGCAGUUCAAUGUGGAUGGCGAGAUUUACAGUGUUGAGUCUAUAGUGGCAAUGAUUUUGAAAAGAUGUCGGGAAGUGGUUGAGAAGUUCGCGAAACAGCUUGUUAAGGAUGUGGUUAUUACAGUUCCAGUGUUCUUCAACCAGGCAGAACGACGUGCUUUGGUUACAGCAGCUGAAAUUGCCGAAUUGAAUUUGCUGCAAUUGCUGAAUGAUCAUACUGCUGCUGGUCUAAAUUAUGGUGCUUUUCGAAGGAAAGAAAUAACUGAAAGCGCACAAACUUUAUUAAUUUAUGACGUUGGAGCAACAAAAGUUACUGCUUCGGUGUUAGAAUAUGUUUUAGUGGAGGAAAAGAAACGAGGUGAAAAGGAUCCAGUUAUGACGACAUUGGGAGUCGGUUAUAACCGCGUGGUUGGUGGCUUUGAAAUUACACAAAGGCUGCGAGAUAUCUUUGUGAACGACUUUCGCAAAACGAAAAAUACCAAAACCGAUAUAACAGAAAAUCCACGCUCUAUGGCAAAAAUGUUACAAGAGGCAGAACGUGUCAAAAUUGUGCUUUCGGCAAAUGUCAAUUUCACUGCUCAGAUUGAAAGUGUCCACGAGGAACAGGAUUUCACGAUGUCAGUGACCAGAACAAUGCUGGAAGAUGCAAUGAGAGAUCUCGAAGUAAAAUUAGUGCAGCCUAUUGUGGAUGCUUUGAAAAUGGCUGACCUAUCACCGGAAAAGGUCACUCAGGUAGUGCUGAUGGGUGGUGGGAGUCGCGUUCCUUUAAUCCAAGAAUUUGUUCAGAAAUUCUUCAAAAAGAAAGAGUUGGGGAAGUUCUUGAAUACCGAUGAAGCAAUUGCAAUGGGUGCAGUUUACCAAGCAGCGCAUCUAAGUAAGGGUUUCAAAGUCAAGAAGUUCGAUGUGCGUGAUUUACAGAUAUUCCCGAUAGAGGUUGAUUUUAUUAGUGCGCAUAAUAAGGAUGAAACAGGUGCAGGACGGUUAAUACGUCGACCAAUAUAUCCAAUGAGAUCGUUUAUACCAGCAUCUAAAAAAGUUUUAUCGUUUACUUCAUUCACGGAAGAUUUUUCCAUGAAUGUUAAUUAUGGAGAAAUGCGGCAGCUUAGCGCAGAUCAGCUUAUGGAAUUUGGCUCACUUAAUAUUAGCGAAAUUAAAAUAGGUGGUGUUACGGAUGCGUAUGUAAAGGAAACAGCAAAAGAAGGCACCAUUUUCAAGGGAAUAAAAGCGCAUUUCGAUUUGGAUAACUCGGGAAUUUUGCAUUUUGAUGGAGCCGAAAUGUUGGUAGAACGACCACCAAAAGCAGAGUCCACGCUUGCUUCGCUUGCUGAAAAAAUUACUGGAUUAUUUUCAUCAAAUAAUAAAAUGGAUCAAACUAAAGAGAAAAACGAGGAAAUUUUGAAGUCUGAAGAAAUAAAUGAUAAAAGUCGUAGUACUACUGUUGGUAUUGCGGAAAAUCGAACUAAAAUCGAAAAGCCAGCAGGCGAUAAUGUAACGAGCAAGCCAGCGGAAACAAACAAAACAGUUGCAAAUGUGGCAGAAACAAAGCUAGAUGAAAAGCCUCAGCAAAUCAAAAUUUCCCUAAAGUUGGCGGAGAACAUACUGGAUGUCCUACCAAUUUCCGGCAGCGAAAUUGUUGCUACGAAGAACAGGAUUGCUGAGUUUGAGAGGAAAGAAAAGGAAAAAGCGAUUCGUGAAGAAGCACAUCAUGAUCUUGAAUCACUAGCUGUUGAUCUUAGCGAUAAACUUACGCAAGAUGAAUUCAUUCGGUUUUUAACUGCCGAUGAACACACCGCUCUGCAAAAGGAGGUGUCGCAAAUAAAAACUUGGUUGGAAGAUGACGUUGAUAUUAAUACUCCAACAGCUGAAUUUGUGCAGAAUAAGAAAUCAAUCGAUGAAUUGUUACGGCCGGUUAAAGUCCGCAUAACAGAGGAGCAGGAGCGUCCUGCAGUGGUGGCUGAACUGAUUUCAAUGUUUAAUCAUACAGAAAUGUUUUUACUUCUUGCACAAAACCUUACUGAAGCCGAAGUGUUCACAGAAGUUGAAAUCAAUUCUUUAAGCAAAUUACUCGAUGGAACUAAGAACUGGCUCACUGCGAAAAUGGAGUUGCAGAAUAAAUUAAAACCAACUGAUUCACCAGCUUUUCCUGUCAGUGAGGGAAAAGAAAAGUUAAUGUCGCUUGAUCGUGAAGUAAAAUAUUUGUUAAAUAAGAUGAAAUUUGCGAAACCAAAAGCUAAGAAGGAAGAAAAAGCCGAGAAAACAACUGCUGAGAGCAAUGAAACAUUAUUGGAAACAACAGAGGAACCAAGGACGGUUUCGGAGGAGAAAUCAAAUGAAACGUCAGGGGAUGCACAGCCUCUCGACGACGCGACUGAUGUGAAGAAGAACGAGGAACUGAAAGCCGGUAAACAAAAAGGCGGUGCACCACACGACGGUUCGGAGCUUUAG